AUGCUCUUCUUCCCUCAUGCUAAAAGGAAAAUUGUUGGUGGCGACCUACGAAGUAACAGGGAUGAUUGUGGCGACCCACGAACUGUCAGGGAUGAUUGUGGCGACCCACGAACUGUCAGGGAUGAUUGUGGCGACCCACGAACUGUCAGGGAUGAUUGUGGCGACCCACGAACUGUCAGGGAUGAUUGUGGCGACCCACGAACUGUCAGGGAUGAUUGUGACGACCGACGAACUGUCAGGGAUGAUUGUGGCGACCCACGAACUGUCACUGAUGAUUGUGACGACCCACGAACUGUCAGGGAUGAUUGUGGCGACCUACGAACUAUCACUGAUGAUUGUGACGACCCACGAACUGUUAGGGAUGAUUGUGGCGACCCACGAACUAUCACUAAUGAUUGUGACGACCCACGAACCAUCACUGAUGAUUGUGACGACCCACGAACUAUCACUGAUGAUUGUGACGACCCACGAACAGUCAGGGAUGAUUGUGGUGACCCACGAACUAUCACUGAUGAUUGUGACGACCCACGAACUGUUAGGGAUGAUUGUGGCGACCCACGAACUAUCACUAAUGAUUGUGACGACCCACGAACUAUCACUGAUGAUUGUGACGACCCACGAACAGUCAGGGAUGAUUGUGGUGACCCACGAACUAUCACUGAUGAUUGUGACGACCCACGAACUGUUAGGGAUGAUUGUGGCGACCCACGAACUAUCACUGAUGAUUGUGGCGACCCACGAACUAUCACUAAUGAUUGUGACGACCCACGUACCAUCACUAAUGAUUGUGGCGACCCACGAACCAUCAGUGAUGAUUGUGACGACCCACGACCCACGGAGGGUUUUAUCUCCUCAGCACUGAUGUGUAAGCCAGGGCCCAAGAGCUCUACCCCAACCCCCGAUAAUUACCACUAG